GCAACAAAACGCGGUCCACACUCGUCGUUCAGCUUCCAAGGCCGCACUUCUCGUCGCAUUUUCUUCACCCAUAAACAGGCCGUGCUCGGAUAAGCAGACGGAUAAAAUCAGAGCAGCCUGGGGCCGUUUUCUUCUAGUUUCAGGAUAUUCGGAAGCGGCGUGGAUCGCCAUCUUUGAAAAUUCGCCUUCCGCACCGGGUCGCGGGUGCCAACGCGCAUGCGUGGCGGCCCGACACGCAACCUCUCCUCCAUUAUUCUCCUCUCCCCUUGCUUGUCGUCCUCCUCUCGUCUAUCUGCCAUUGGUCAAAAAAGCGCGGGAGGAAUAAGCGUCGCCCGCUCAUUGGUGCGUGCUAUCAACUGGGGGUCCCCGUCGCUGGUUCCGUGGAGGAAAAACACCCCAGCCCGAACUGCUCGAGUUCAGUACCGCUUGGGACACGAAGAACGUAGGCCGCCACUUCGGUGAGCCGCGCAACGCCGGACGAAUGCAAGCUACUAGUCCAAGUCCAGAAUAGCUGACGUCGCGGCGGCACAAGAUCGGGGCUCAAGAUGGGGUCCCAGCAGUUCUGCCUCAAGUGGAACAACCACCAGUCGAACAUGCUGGUUGUGUUCGAGCAGCUCCUAUCCAACGAAGCGCUGGUGGACGUGACGCUAGCCUGCGAAGGUCACUCCCUGAAGGCGCACAAAAUGGUCCUGUCUGCGUGCAGCCCGUUCUUCCAAGCGCUGUUCGUCGAGAACCCCUGCAAACAUCCCAUCGUGAUUCUCAAAGACAUGCGCUACAUGGACCUCAAGGCCAUCGUAGAGUUCAUGUACAAGGGCGAAGUGAAUGUGUCGCAAGACCAGCUGUCGGCGCUGCUCAAGACUGCCGAAACGCUGAAAGUAAAAGGCUUGGCUGAGGUGACGGGCGACAACAGGCACGGCCUGGUGAGUGUGGAUGGUGCAGACGCGAGGACUAUCAGCACUGCGCGGCCCGAGUCGCCGCCCAUGUCGAAGCGGAAAAGAGGCCGGCCGCGGAGACGCUCGCCGAGCGACUCGAACAAGUCCGACUCCGAGGACCAGGGAGCUCCGCCGGCGACGCGCAUCAAGGCGCCCGAGUCUCCGGAGAUCAUCGAGGACGGCAGCAUGUCGAGCGACCGCGUGACUGCGGCAGCGGUGGCCGCGGAGUCUCCGGCGGCGAGGACUUCGUCGGCGGCUGUGUUGACGGCAGUGUCUUCGUCGGCGUCGACGGUGGCGCUCAGUAACAAAGUGGUGGGGGGUCUGCCGGCGUCGGCGUUGACGGCCAACUCGAUGUCGUCGCAGCAUACUCAGGACUCGGUGGGGGACGACACGGGGGUGGACGGGGACGAUGCGGACUUUGAGGUGGAGCCGUCGAACCUCAUGGAACAGUCGAUGACGACCGAAAACGUGCCAGUGUUCGCGGACGUCGCAUCAUCAUCACAAGCGGCGGCGCUAGCGUCGGAGUCGCAACAGUCACAUCACACAGGGUCAACGUCCGACAACUCUGCGCUAGUUCCUGUUCCUGCCUCAUUGCCUUCAGACAUCUCAAUCUCCAGUCAACUCGACAUCAAGCCCUCCCCGUCUAGUUUAAUACCGCCGUUCGACGAGCAAGCCAUCUCCCCCGUGGUUCCCCCGCAGCCGGCGGGCUCCGCGGAUGGUUCGUCGAGCGCCAUGAUGAUGGCGUUCACGGACAUGUCGGGCGUGCCGGCCAUCGCUGGACCUUCCAACUACCACCCGGACAAGCAGCAGUCUACGCCUUCCCACGGGAACCCCUUCGUGCGGGCACUGCUUCGGAGGAAUCCGGCCCGCACCCGCGGCGCUCCUCGCGGCCACUUCCGCUGCAACCAGUGCACGGCUGAGUUCACGGAGAACGCCAACCUGUCGCGCCACCGGCGGACGAUGCACGCCGCUGUGCCGAGCGUCUUCGUGUGCCACAUCUGCACCCGUGCCUUCAACCGCAGCGACAACAUGCACAUGCACGUCAAGAACGUUCACGGCGGCGGCAACAGCGGCAACGGCCUGGCGCUCAAGUGAAGCCUUUUGCACGUGCGCCGCUCUGCGCGCACGCGUCGUCCGACGUGUUGCGAAGGAGACGUCUCACACACUCUAAACUUUGUCUCGCUGUAACUCGGCUGACUGGGAAAGCUAUGGUCCCAGUGAGCCAGUCGGUGCAUCUGAGGGAGACGCGUGACCAUACUCUAUUUCGGUUCUCAGAGGUUUCAAUCUGGGGGAGCCCCUAUCUUACUCAAUUGAAAGCUAAGGACUACGGGCUUUUAAGCAGCAAAGCGGCUUAAAAGCCCGUAGACUUUGUAAACAAUAACGGUCAAAGUAGAAAUCGUUUGGCUCGUAGUUGCGCGCUUAAACUGGGAAAAGACUUUACUCGGGGUCGGCGACAGUCGGGGAAAUGUUGGGGCCUGGGGAGCCCGACAAGGGUACUCUGGGUAUCCCUGAAGAACUCUUGGGUACCUAGGAGCCCAGGAGUUCCCCAGAGUCCCUCACAGAAGUGGGUCCAGGCAAGGGGCAGAGUUCCUCCUUCCCCUCUUCUCCAACUGCUUGGGCUACGCUCUCGACCUUGUACUUCUCGUAAGGGCGGUCGUACGGUUUGCCUCUGUCGCCCUUAUUGGCUCGUAGGGGCCACAGUGUUCGCUCUUCGUCAGGUUAUGGCGAGACAAAGUGUAGGAUUGCCCGCAUCGAAGGAGUACUCCGGCGUUUUCUUGAGCUACCCAAACUAACUACAUCUUAUGAGUUCUCCAGUUUUAAAGAGUGCUCACACAUUUGCGUUUGUUUCACACUUGCUACCUGCGCGUAACUAGACUGAAGGUUUUGCCGUAUUUGUGAUAUCAAAUCUAUUAGAUAUAUGAGAAAUGAUCGCUCGCUACAAUGUCGGAAUUAUUUUGAGCCUACAGAGCAAACUCUGAACAAAAACGAUGCCAAAAACAGUGUUUCGAUUUCUCCGAGGUUUACAGCGGCGCGACGUUGUCACUGGCAGGCGCAAGCGCGCGGUUUAAAAAUGGAAUAUAGACCAUUCCACUAAGUGCUUUCAGGGCGAUGCCAUUUUAUUACAUCCGAGCAUUACAAAGAAUUCGGCUGGGUAAAAAAGGGAGUCCUAAUCCCCAUAGUGGAGGACAAAUCGGCUGUUCUCGGAAGUAUGGGCGGUAUCUGUGGGCUGCACGUUGGCUGUACCGAACAACUAACCCUCGCUCGUUGCUGCUGCUAUGGAGUGGUUCACAUUUCUAGAACUUUUAUGGAUACUCCAAAAUUAGUAUAUUGUGAUCUUUUAGUUUAUUUCGGUAAAUAAUCAGCUAGCAGAUCUUCGUUCAGUUCCUUCAAUAGCAAUGGCAUCCACAGGUGGUGCUGGUCUCAACCGUUACCGUCUAUUGCACCAAAAAACACAGAACCCUGAUUGUACUGUACCAGAGUUGUACACCAUCUGUUACAAGUAACAAAAUUAGUUGUAAUCCUUUACAUCUAUCAGUAGUUUUGUAAGGAUAUUUACAUAUUUUACAACGUAAUUGUAAGGCAAUUUUCUUGCUUAUUUGUGUGAGGGAAUGAUCGUGAUUCAUCACAUUUUCGUUUUCAUUCACGAAAAAAGUCAGAAAUUAAAAAAAAAAAAAAUGAACAAAAAUCGUAAAAGAACAAUUUUUUUGUGCGAGUUUUUUUUUAAAAUCAUAUUGUCACCUGAACUUAAAACAUUAAGGGCCUGGCAGUCUUCAGACGCUCAAAGCCUUUCUUCACAUCACUAAAUGCCUCAAUUUCAUUUUUUUAAUUUUUUGCGGUGUGGUGGUUUGCAAACUCCAGCUUGUUCACCCACAACGAGGGAGAGGCACACUGAAAUAAAGACCCGGACUCACGGUGCAAACAAUAUUAGGCCAUCUUCUAAGAUCAAAAUGUUUGCAUGUAAAAAAAACCCAAAAAACUGUUGAAGUGCUUGCGAGUUGGUGUAGCAGAUCUGUGCGUGCCUGUUCUUUUUGUCCCUUCACUCUUCUUUUGCUUUCGAAGAUGCAGAGAGGAGGACAUUAAACGAUUGCACGCCUUCCUAAAGCUUGAGACAAUUAACGAUGCUCUCUUCGGUUAUAGUGACAUAGUGACUAUGACAGUUAGUAUAAUGUGACAAUGUCACAACAGGAUCGGACGCUCAAUCUUCGGCUGGAAUAAAGUUCAACACGGAAAUCUACUGAAAAGGAUGUGACAGCAACUGGCACGCUGCUCAAACGAUAUUAGAACACCUUUGAUCUUUUGGAGACAUGAAUGUUUAUUUGAUUUUGUCCUUUUUUUCACUAUUCUUUUGAAAGAUUCGGGUUGCCCACAUCCCUGUCACCCGUUUCGUGUGUCAGCUUUUUGUGACCAAGAUAAAAAUGAUAAUGUUUUUUGUUUUUCUACAAUAUAAGGACACAUCUUAUGUAGAACGCAUAUUUUGACAAGGAACCUAUUGCACUGUUUUUUAGUCUUCCUAAUUAAGCCAACUGCCGUAACAUCCUGAGAGGUAGCCCACCUAGAAUCGAAAGGGAAUCGGGUGAAGAAAAGGAGUAAGCUAACUUUCAAUGUGCAAUAAAAAAAAAAAAAAAAAAAAAAGGUUGAAAAAUGCUAAUUUUAAAUUUUGUAACCUGCAAAAUUUGUGAUUGCAGGGAAGGGCGAUGAACCAAAGAUCAGCAAUGUUCUUUUGUUUUUUUUGUCUCUGCUUCGGCCAAGUAACACCAUUUAUGCGGAGGUCAGGGCCUAGCAAUUACUAUAAGUGAGCUAUCUUUCGGUGUUUAUAAAAAAAACAACAAAUCGUGCCAAUAAAACAAAAAACAGAGACACUUGAGACUGCUUACGUGUAGGAAUGCAAAAGCAUUCCUACAAGCAGCACGCCAUGUCUUCCCUUUUCACACGGUGCCCCACUGGUGACACCACGCUGUCCCACAGUGCAGGCGUGGUGAACCCCGCCGGCUUCACAACGGCAUCCGUGGCGUAACAUCUGCGUUGCUACGCUUUUCUUUGUGUUUUAUUUCUGAGGCUCGUCCGCUUUGACCUUGAGCACCCCCGCAGGCUUUCGUGACAAAGCAUCUGCGUUGCUGGACUUUCCUUUGCGUUUUAUUGCUGAGGCUCGUGCUUGAUGACGUAUCGGUGUGACCAUCUUUCGGGCAUAACGCCGCCGAUUUUUCGCGUAACGAGACAAGUAAGGCUUUCGCCUUAAUAAUUUUUUGAGAUAUUACGGUAUUAAGAAAAAAAAUAAUAGCUGACGUUUGCUGUCGUUGCCUCACCCGACAUGUAGCUAAAGAACACUGAGCUGUGGCACAGCCGACCCGUGCUACGUGCAUUUUGGACUGCAUAUUCACAUUCUAUUUCUUGUUUUACCCUAGUAUGAAAAGUUAGUGACACCGGAAAAGUAACGGAUUACUUUUUGAUGUAAUGGUCGCUUACUUUAAUGGAUGAGUAAUUGCAACAGUAAUUAGUUACAAUUCAGCCUCAUAUAAUUGUAAAUGUAUUUCCUUACUUCUUUUUAGUAGCAUGUACAAGUCUGUACAGUACUGAGUUUGAAAAAUUCUCGCUCGAUUUUUUAGACGUGACACGCAAACAUAAAAAUUUUCUUACUCCAGGGUUAUAAACAUUAAAACGCAGGGCGGUUUUCCUUAUGUGUUCCCAGUCAAGUGGGAUAUUCUGUUCGCCUAGGAACCACCGUCAAGUCGAAGUAAGUCGCUUUGCUUUUAUUUCUUACGAACAACAAUGCACCGAGAAACUGAGGGAGGGGACGGGACGAAAGUGUGCGGGGACGUCAGAACACCGAGCUCUGAUUGGAAGUAUUUGUCUCCACUGCACUCGUCGAACGCAUUCAAAUGCGAGAGCCAGACACCGGCGUUCCACGUUCUGCCGCGUUAUGCACAGUUGCUAGAAGCCUAAAUCAGUGCAAACUCUAUCUUGCAAAGAGCUGCUGCAACAGCAUUCACUUUUCGCCUCAAACGACAGACCGACCUCACAGUUUACAAGAUCGUAUUCACUUUUUUUUUUAGUUGCAUGGCAAGUGAUUGCAGGAUUGUGCCCGGUUAGUCUCUUUGUCGGGUUUACCAUCAUACGAUAACUUGCACGUCUAAAUCCGCACUUUUGCGGCUGAUAUUGCUGAAAUGACGCAAUUUCGAACAGUGUUUCCACGCCAGCCGGGUGUUGGGUACUGCCCAGUCUACGGAACAGAUGACGUGACAGGCUGGAGAGGGGGAAUUUCCCUCGGCCCUUUCUAGUGGAAUGGUCUAUAUCGAGCAUUUUUUUCACGGUGCCGAGGGAGCACUGGACUGCACUUCUGCUGCAUUCAUUUUGCACCAUAAAGCUUCCGGUAACCUGUGCCUGCUAGUGGCAUACGUUUUUCACCGUUGACCGUUAAAACUUUCAGUUCGAAAAAAAUGAAGGGAGGACCAGAAUUAAUAAUUCGAUAAAUUCAAAAUUUAAAUAGAAAGAAAAAAUGGAUUUUGACACAAUAUUUGGGUUCCAAGUGUGGUGUGUUGGUGUGUUGAGCCAAGUUUUGAUGUAAAUCAGAGAUAGUCAAAGAAAACGGCGGUGUACCCCUUUAAAGGAUAAGGACGAGACGUAGCAGUGCGGCGAAGUUUCUCGAUGAUACUUAAUAAGUUAGUCAUGCUAAAAUAUCAAUUUCAUCUAAAUAAAAGGAAUUUUUUAUACCUUAACAUUUUACUAAAAUAAAGUGAAUUUAUGAAAUAAAAAAAAUGUCUUGACAAUAAUGUGAUUGCUGCACUAAACUGCGCCACAGUACUUGCCCUGCGGGGUUUUGCUACAUUUCACCAAAAUGCCAGGAAUUUGUGCCAACCUGGAGGCAGAGGUUGAUUUUUUCCUCUCAAUUCCUAAUUUAACAAUUGGACCCUUGCUACAUCCCCGGGUUGUAAUAGUAGGCUCGUGAGGUUUCUAAACUUCCCACGAUCGAUUCAUGUAACGUAAGCUAUAAUUUUGUUUUUAUCAAAGAGCACACAUAUUGUGCAGAAGUUUCAAAUAUUUCUUAUUGUUGGCAGUCUUGUCCAAGUGAGUAAGCCAUUUCGGUAGAAGGUGUUUUUUGAGAAAAAGCUAACGCAUCUUAAUCCUUUGGGUUAAGUCGGCAGAAAGGAUGUGCAACGUUUUUAUCUAUGAGGUUUUCUGCUCAUCCUACAUACAAUGGAUGGAUAGAUGGGUGGAUGCAUGCUAAUGACUGUACCCUUUACAACGGGCAGUUGCUUGCUCCACCUAGCCUAGAGACCAGAAGUAUGAUUCGUCCCCUCGCCCUUCGAAGCCAUAUGUACAAAUGACACAUGGUUGGUACCACCCUAGCUCAACUGGUCACGUGACUGACGUCGGUGUCACGUGGCAUUGGAGGCGUUAUUACACGUGACAUGACCACUGUCUGCUAAAUUUGGUGGGGGUGCGUUCUUUUUUAAAUUUGGCAGAAAAAUUGUGAAUUGGUGUAGAACUAUACACCAAUUCAAUUUCCCCACUAAAUCCAACAGGGAAAUUGCAUGCUGCCUGCACUUCAGUUUUGCUUUUUUUCGGAGCUUUUCUUUUUUAUUUUAUGAAACACUAGUUUUAUACACUUUACACUUUCUGUGCGAAAGAUUGGAACUAUGCGAUUCUUGAUUUGGCGACUCCAGCUUGCCGUUAAAGCUUCAAAGAAAGUAGCUAUUAUGCCAGUAUUGUUUAUUAGGCUGCGAUCUCCUGACAGCCUGCCUGAUUUCUUUUCCAAAUUCUAGCUUUAAGGAAAGGUAUUUGGGCACAGGGCAGGAGGAUUUGUAAAUUCCUUCAACUAUACUAGUAUGUAUAAUCUAGACAUCAGUCCAGGCCUACUUUGUAUGUCAUCAAGCCCCUUAUUUACUUACUGCCUCUAUGUAGUUUGACUUUUCAACAGCACUGUCAUUAGAUAAGUAGAGAAAAUAAAAUUAUAUAGGCUUUAGUAGUCAAUGAAUGUGCACUUGGGCAUAACUUAAUGAGUUGCAGCCUUAGAUUUCUUUAAGGCAGUAUUUAUCACCCACAAGCUGAUUUUGUAUGGUUUUAAAUUGCUGCUCACAUAACGCCUUUGUGUAUCUAUAUAGCUGAGACGGGCAGCGGUUCUCUUCACGAGGACUCUUCUGAACGAUGUUUUACUGUAGUAAAAAUACUGAUGGAGUACAGUAUCCAAGGUGGCGUGCGAGACUAUACUUCGUUUCACCCUAGGUCCGAGCGCGGCCAAUGUUAUGAGCCGAAGGGCCAAUCAAACAGCGUGAAAAGUGCAACGUCAUGGCAUUGCAUUUUGCUGUAUGUUCGCACCUGCAAAGAAGGAUGGCACCUCUUCCAAUUAGUUUCUUAAUGUUCUUAGCUGUAAGCCGAGCACUAAAGUGAACAGUCAAAGGUGUUCAAGUUCUCAUAUUAAAAAAGAAAUGUUAAUAAUCGUUGCUCUAACCUAGUUAGAUUUUUUAGCGACUAGUAACCUGGUCCAGUUACCUCUGAAGGCAGUGUUUACAAGGUUGCACGUUUCUCUUUUUUUUUUUUUGUAACCAACUGCCGCUCGAUUAACUUAUAAGGGUAACUGUUAGAGCUCCAGUUGUAGGCAGCAUCAUCUUUCGACGCAAUUGGCACUUUGUUUCUUAAACCAUUUACGAGUAAAAAUUGACUCUAGGUUUCACAAAUGUUGGGCAAUGAGGCGUCUGCUAAUAGGUGCUUUGGAGAAUAAUCGCAGCUUGUUACGUCUCGUCCUUUCCUACCACGGGCAGUUUCUCAGUUGUGGACCGUUUCGUAUAUGCUACCUGUUUUCUCACGUAUCUUUGUUUUGCGGCCUUUGACCGAUUUGUGACGCGACGGUAUUGCCCGGCAUGUUUCGUGGCACCCGAGUUUCGAGGUGAUGUUCGGCGGGGACUUAUUUGCCAUUGCGUUGGACUGUGCCUUGGGCUUGGUAGAAGGCAGGGCGUGGCUUUGGCGCAGCUCCAUAGAAGUCACUAACAGUCUAAGAAACACAAGGCUUUCUAGUUUCCCACUCUGUGAUUGGUUCUUUGGUGUCCUUAUCGGCCGACGCUUCAAUCUCAUUGGCUGUAGGGGAAUAAUGAGAUGCUCUCGGUACUUGCCAUGCCCUACGUUUCUUCAGCUGCCAGUAAUUGAAACGGAAAAAAUGAAUUGCGGGAGCAGUACAUCUUUUUGCUAUAAUAUGUAGAUACAAACAACAUAAUGCUUUGCCUCUAUAUUUUUUUCUUUGAAUUGUUUUAGUUUUGUUUGCUUCUAAUUGUUUUGGUCCCUUGACUGUUUCAAAUUUUAAAGGAGCUGUGCAGCAAUUUCGGUGCUUUGCUUAAAUAAUUUGGGAGGUGGUGCCUCGACCUUUCUGAAGUAAAGAACAAAAACCGCUUUCGUCUGCAUGUCCUAGUUUUUAUUUUAAAAAUGGACAAAUUUUGAGGUUUUUUAGCACCUCUCAACUCUCACCAUCUUCCGAGUCACGUGCGCUGUGACGUGAAUGGGGGACGCGCGGGGUUCCGGUGGAGCUCUCUCUCUAGAGCCAUCAGUGAGCAGCGAGAACUCACCCGCUCGCGACCACGUGACCACGUGCUUGCGCAGCGGGAUCAACAUGGCGAGAGGAGGAAAGUCUCGUGUUCGUGUCCAGCCAUCCCCGUCCUGCUCUGCCCCCUUUCUCCUCCAGCUUCUGGCGACUGUUCGAGGUAGCAGAUAGAGCUGACGGUUUUAUUGACCUCGGAUAGAUGGCGCCACUAAAACUCUGUAUAAUAAAAGUUUUGUCGACGAUACCAGGUUUUUGGCGCAUUUAUAUUUAUGUUAGAACGACAAGAUUUAUAGAAAAAUUACCUUUUAUCGAGCAGGUAUUUGCACAACCUGCUAUCUUUUUACAAGUCCCCCAUUGACGUUAUGCCGCGAAAUUCUCAUGGCCGCCGCUCUUGGCUGCAGGUCGGGAAAUAUUUUAACUUUUGCCUCGUAAUUAUGCGGCGGAAUCGCAACAUUUUGAAGGAAGGAGAUGUAUUUUCUGUCCUUUGUGACAAGAUAAACAAUGUCAAAAGUGUAAGAUGCAAAUUCUUUCAACGUUAAAAAUUGUUGCACAGCUCCUUUAAGAGCGGCAUCCACAAAUUGUGGUCUGGCAGAUACAAGCUGCCCACCGGGACAAGUGGGGACACGCGCACAGUGCACUGGCACAAGGUUGGCAGCAUUCCUUCUUUUAUUUUUUUUCCCCCUUAAAGGGGUUAUGAAAUGAUCUUUCAACUCCUUCCUCCUUGGCUUUCCUCCUCAACUCAAAAGCAGAAUGAGAAGUUGCGUGGUCGUGGCGAAGUAUUUCGCCAGAAUGUGACGAGUCCAAGGUUUCGGCGCGCUUUCUAAGCUCACAGUGGAACUUGUCGUUUGUGAGCAAUGACAAGUGCUGUCAUGGCACUUCCAAAUAUUUUGUCGACAGAUUGAUUGGUGACGGGCGCCUACGUCUGAGCGACGUGGCGCUCGUGUCCAAUACGUGAGCUGGGUUCGGCCGACGUGCUUUGGGUACCACGGAUGUAUCGCAGUUAAAAAGGCACAGAGCUUUUGAAGGAAAAGAGGCCCCAAAUAGUCCACUACUUUUCAAAAUUUUCUCACUGAAAAUCAGGCUGUCGACUUUCUGCCCUCUUUUUUUUUGGACCACUAAACAAUGCGCAGUUAGCAAAAUCCCAAUCGAAAAUCAUUUAUCCCAGCCCAAAAUUUAUUUCAUGGCUCCUUUAAUCAUCUCUAGUCCUUCUAUAAGCUUCUAAAGUUUAAUAAAGAGUGAUGGACAAGAUACAAGUGUUGGAAAGAAGCGAUACACUGAAGGAGUUUCUACUCAAAAACGGAACUGAGCAGUUCUGGAAUUUUCUUUUUUUUUAUUACGUAAAAAUAUACGAGGAUGCUGACACCCCCGUGCGCUGGCUACUCCGCAACUUGUUUGGGCGGUCAUUGUUUUGUUAGCUGGUCAUCAAUAGUGAGUCGAUAAUCGUGGAAGGGCCGAGGAAGUUUUUGCCUGUUUCAAUCUGUAGGGGACCGCCAUCCUACGUGGAACAAAAUUGUAAUUUUUUAUUGCCCAAGAUUUUCUGUUUUUUUUUUUAGUUCUUGGGAUAUUGGUUAGGGAGAGUGUGCGGAUGGCCCGAUCACAGUAGACAUCCCACAUGAUUCCAUAGGAGAUACCGAGAGAUUUGACCUUCUGCAGCUGAUGUCAGGUGGAGGGAGAGAGGAGAGGAGUCGUUAAAGGUGAUGUCAUUAAAAGGGAGUUCGCUAAGUGGAGUUACUAAAAGUGCAUUGAAACCAAGACGGUAAACAAUCCACUUCUUGGGAAUGAUUUCCAGGAGACGAUGGUUCGGUGUCAAUAUGGGCGCGGCGAAUGUUUAAACUUUUCUGGUCUGUCUUCUGCUGAGCGGUUGACUGCAAAGAAAAUCGGCCCAGCGUUGUUGAAGUACAAAAUGUAUUACUUGCGUCCCGCUGAAAGAGUUGCCUUUUUCGUUUUCAUAUUCUGUUUAUCUGCGAGAAAGCUGUUCUGAUGUUCCAAGUUGUUUUACAUGUUUUUACUAUGUUGUGUUUUUACUAUGUUGUUUUACAUGUUUUUGCUGUCAGCCAGACCGGGCUGUGUUAGUGGGAAACGUCCCACUGACCCCUUGAGUGACUCGUUAUACUUGUUAGGAACUUCAUGUAUGUACCUUGUAUAGCAGCCCGUGUUACAAAAGUGCAUUUUAUGCCGAGCCUUUGUGACGGUGACUUUUCCUGCACUGCGGAGCCUCACCCUCGACACGCUGUAAGGGACUUUUCUCUUGCAGGAACCCUUAUUUUGAAUUUUGAAAAGAAAAAUAUAUUUUGAAAAAUUUAAUUGUAUAAAAAUAAUUGCCCUGCAAUCAACACACCUGUUUAUCCUAAAUUUAAAAAAAAAAUUUUAAGUGUUGCAGAGUAUCUUUGCAUCACAAAGAGUAUUGCACCUGCAAAUAUUACGUUGCUUACGGCAGCAUCAGCCUUGCUCGUUGUACGAUCAGGUUCUCAAAAAAGUUGCAUCUACAAAGCUGGGUUGCUUCUACUAUUUUGUGAAGUGCAUGAAGACAAUAGAGAACUACCAUUGAUAAUGAGAUUUUUGUCUCUAAUGGUCUUGGGGACCUUAUGCACUUCACAAUAAUAAUGUAAAACUAAAAAAGGAAAACAAAAGAGAAAUUGUGCCUAGUGGAACCACUCAAACUCUCGAAAUUUACCUGCUAUUUGAUCCUUGUCCGAUGCGAACAGUGUAGACACCUAACAUUUUUGAGUAAAGGUUGUAAAGGAAACUUUACUGGUGAAGCAUGCAGUGUUCUCCUGUAUUCAAAGUGUUUAAAGUGUGCUUCCUUAGAUGUGUUCAUUGCACAUUUCCAGCACUACCUUUGCUGUCAACCUCACUGUCCCCUUGAUUAAAAAGUGCCUCGAUUUUCGGAGACCAUCACCGCUUUUACGUGCCGGUUCUUUUGGCACAGUUGUCAAACGCCACAUUGCACAGCACAAAUGGUGUGCCUAUAGCUCGUGCUUCAGCCAGACCUGUGACUUUAAAAGCGUGAGUUGCAAGGUACGGUCUCCCACAAUGUGAAAGACCCAUUCAUACUAAGCAAACAUUGGUCAGGGGUACUUCAAUUUUCGAAAGAGAAGAUUAUGAAGGUUAAUUUAUUUCCUCACCCCAAGCAAUCUAUGCUUGUCAAAGAGAAUCCUACACAGCCAAAUGAAACUGCCUAGUCUGAUCGUUCUUUCACAUUGUUGGAGUCUGUACCACAGGGGUACCGUGCCUUGGAGUAACCCCAAGAGGGCCUUUUCCAGGGUUGCCUUUCUGUUGUGUAGCGGUAGCAUAUGCAUUUGUCUGCCGUAUAUGGUGGUGCUUACACGGCGGCAUUGGCGCUCGGUAGGUGUACAAUUGUGACGCUUCGUAAUUCUGUUCCGCCUUCGCUUGUAACAACAUUACAGGGUGGGGUAGUAGGGGUUAAAACUUUUUAGUAGACCGUCAAGAAAUGCUUUCCAAUGUUUCCCAUAGACGGCUCCAAACACCCUUGCGGGGUUCAUUACUCUGCAAUGCAGAAUUGCUGACGCGUAGUGUGGGUUUGGCGACUGGCAACGACGGAGGAGUAACACUUGUGAUGUUAGCGUUUUCUACGAGUUUGUGAUUUGUUAGUUUUUGCUACAAAUAAAGAGUUGACUUUUUUU